CUCUGGCGUUGCAGCAAAUGCUGGUGAAGCAGAGGAGCGUUCACGACGAACCACAGGGCCUGGAAAACAAAUUCGGCUGGAUCAAGGGCGUCUUCGUCAGGUGUCUGCUGAACAUCUGGGGCGUGAUCCUCUUCCUCAGGCUCUCUUGGGUCACGGGGCAGGCGGGAAUCUUGCAAGGCUUGGCUAUCGUCACCUGCGGUAACGUUGUCACAACGAUCUCGGCUCUCUCCAUGUCGGCUAUUUCCACCAACGGACAAAUCAAAGGAGGUGAAACGUAUUAUAUGAUCAGCCGUGCGCUGGGACCUGAAUUCGGUGGUGCCAUCGGUCUCAUCUUCUCCCUGGCUAAUGCCAUCGCCGCGUCUAUGUACAUCGUAGGUUUCUGCGAGUCUAUGAACGAUCUCCUGGCCACAUUCGAAGUCCAGAUAUUCGAUGGAGGUGUCAAUGACGUCCGUCUGGUCGGAAGCAUCACUCUCGUGGUCUUGACAGCAAUCUGCAUCAUCGGAAUGGAGUGGGAAGCUAGGGCACAAAUUGUGUUGUUGAUGGUCUUGCUGGUGGCAAUAUUGGAUUUCAUCAUUGGAGCUUUCGUGGGUCCUCUCACAGAUGAUGAAAUUGCUAGAGGAUUUGUGGGCUUAAAUGGUACGGUACUUAUGGAGAAUCUGUACUCGGACUACCGUAAAGAUGAUGUCGGUCAGGAUAUGUCCUUCUUUGGCGUUUUCAGCGUCUUCUUCCCCGCUUGUACCGGUAUUCUUGCUGGAGCCAACAUUUCUGGAGACUUGAAGGAUCCUUCAUCUGCUAUCCCAAAAGGCACUCUCCUAGCCAUCUUCCUCACCUACUUAUCCUACAUCUUCUUCGUCGUCUUGUGUGGUGCUGUUGAAGUGAGGGAUGCCACUGGCAACAUUACUCAUGUUGCAGACUGGUCCUUUGCCAACUGCACCGGAGAAACAUCCUGCGAGUUUGGCCUGCAGAACAGCAGUCAAGUCAUGGAGCUGAUCUCUAUCUUCGGCCCUCUCAUUUAUGCUGGAUGUUUUGCAGCUACCAUUUCAUCAGCUCUGGCUUCCUUGGUGUCUGCCCCAAAGGUCUUCCAGGCUCUGUGCAAGGACAAGCUGUAUCCUUACAUCGAAUACUUUGGCAAAGGAUAUGGAAAGAAUGAUGAGCCAUACAGAGGAUUUGUGUUGGCCUUCUUCAUCAUUCUCAUUUUUACCCUCAUUGCCCGACUGGAUGCCAUUGCACCAAUCAUCACAAACUUCUUCUUGGCUGCGUAUGCCCUGAUCAACUUCUCCACAUUCCAUGCUUCUAUGCAAAAAGUUCCUGGAUGGAGACCUACAUUUAAGUUUUAUAAUAAGUGGCUAAGUUUGCUUGGCGGUUUGAUGUGCACUGCCAUUAUGUUCCUCAUCCAGUGGUGGACAGCCUUGCUGACUGUACUGAUCAUCAUUUUGCUCUAUGUCAUUGUGUCAUACAGGAAACCAGAUGUGAACUGGGGCGGCUUCUACGCAGCACAAACAUACUCCUUAGCCCUGAACUCUGUUACUGCGCUAAGUAAUGUUGAAGAACAUAUCAAAACAUACCGUCCUCAGGUGUUAGUGCUGAGUGGUGCUCCUUCUUCUCGUCCUCCUCUUAUUCAGUUUGCAAAUGCCAUCACCAAAAAUAUGUCUUUGCUCAUAGCCGGUCAAUGCCUUGUGGAACAACAAUCAAAGAGAAUCCGUUCCCACCUGACUCUAGACGCCAACAGAUGGUUAUCAAGCCACAAGAUUCGUGCUUUCUAUUCUUUGGCUGAUGGACCUAACAUGGAACUGGCAGCCAGGACACUCAUGGUAAAUGUUGGUCUUGGAAAGCUCCAUCCCAACACCAUCCUAAUGGGCUACAAAACUAAUUGGCAGAAUUGUCCUUUCGAUGAACUCAAUAGUUACUUCAAGAUCAUUCAUUAUGCUUUUGACAUGCACUUGGCCGUAGGCAUCUUGCGAGUGGAAGGCGGACUAGAUUACUCUACUGUUAUUGAAACUAUUCGACAGAACGGCGAUGCACCUGAUCCUACUCCUCUUAGUGCAACAAACCCAGGAGGAAAUAAUGACAAUAACCAAGGUUUCCAAGGUACUGUACAUAAUAUUGCCUCGAUAAGUUUUCUGUAUGCUUAUUUCAACAAUAAUGUAGUACAGUAUCGACUUUCUCUUAAUAUUUUUACAUAGGAGUGAUCUCUAAAUUUUAAAUUGCACACAUUUUGAAGUUUUCUACUAUAAAUAGGAUGUUUGAUAGGGCACAGUGCUCAGAAUUUUCGGCAUACACCUCCAAUAUUUUUUUAGAACUAAGUAGAAACAUUGUAGAAUGAACUGUGCUUUAGAC